GACAUGACAUUUUUGUGUUUGCCUUGUUCAUUGGGAAUCUAAAAGAUGAAGAACCAGUGAUGAGGUACUUGAAAAGCCCACAAAGACUCUUCCUUUCCCUUCUCGUUCUUUAGAACUCUCACUUUAACUCUUCGUCUCAAUCUCAUUGUACGACCUUCAAAUCUUUGAAUCGUCUGGCUCUCUUUUCGUUUCCUUUGUAAUUCCAAGUUCAAGUUAUUAACCUUUUCUAUUUUCCCCGCCAAAUUUAACUUCUAUUCUGCGCCACAUCGAUCAUGAAUCGCGGCCGUGGUCGAGACAGCGACGGUUCUUCGAGUCGAGGAGGGCGAUCGUCACGGUUCGCUCAUCAUCAUUCUCAUCGCAACCGCCAUACGAAUGAUGCAGAUGGGGCCUUUUCUGUUGACACCUCUAGCAGAAGGGAUGGAAUGUCAAGAGGCAGAUGGGGAAAUGUGCAUCCUAUUUCACCUGGUAGUUUUCCUAGGCGUUCUAAUCAUAGAACUACCCAGGUUUUUGAGUAUCGGCAAAAGAAGCUUUCAGAGGAUGGCCUUUCCUAUUCAGAAAGUCUCCAGCAGGAUCAAAAUGCUUUUAAUGUUAGUGAUUCUGAGCCAAAACCACAACAACUGGAACCUUUUGUGGCUUCAGAUUCUGCCUCUUCUUUGUCUGCCUUUUCUAGUCCUGGCAAUAUAAAGUUUGAUGUAUCAAAAUCAGAGCGAGCUACGAAUGGGAGUAUGUUACCCUUUGAUAUCAAAGGCAAAGCAAAUACUGCUCAGUCUCAGCUAUCCUUGCAGUCUGGUGCCAUAAUCCAGCCGUUCCAAGAGCAGCAAGCUAAGAUUACUGAAUCUGCCAGUGGUUCAGGGCACGCAGAGCAUUUUCCAGUGAUUGAGCCUUUUGACAUUUGCCUGCCCAAGACUGGAGGUCCUGUAAUGCUAAAAUCUUCUUUGUUUGAUAUGAAUAGAAAAAAGAGGAACGAGAGCAUUUGUGCUUUAGAAGGACAGGAACAGAUAUUAAAACCAGGGAUGGUUCUUCUGAAGGGAUUCUUAUCCACAGAUGAUCAGGUUAAAAUUGUAAAGCGUUGCGCGGACCUUGGGCUAGGGCCUGGAGGUUUCUACGAACCUGGUUACCGUGAUGGUGCAAAACUGCAUUUGAAAAUGAUGUGCCUUGGUAAAAAUUGGGAUCCUGAUAAAAGUAUGUAUGGUGAGCGACGCCCAAUUGAUGAUUCUAAACCACCAGAUAUUCCUCCUGAGUUUCAUCGGUUGGUUGAGAAAGUUCUGAAACACUCCCAUGCUCCCAUGGAAAAAAAUUCUAAAACCAGCAGUAAGGAAGAUAUUCCGUGGAUGGUCCCAGAUUUAUGUAUUGUGAAUUUUUACUCAUCAAGUGGGCGGCUUGGUCUACAUCAGGACAAAGAUGAAAGUGAAGAAAGUCUAAAUAAAGGAUUGCCUGUGGUUUCUUUUUCUAUUGGAGAUGCAGGGGAAUUCUUGUAUUCUGACAAUAGGGAUGAAAAGAAUGCUGCAAAAGUUCUACUGGAAUCAGGAGAUGUUCUGAUAUUUGGUGGGAAGUCUAGACAUAUAUUUCAUGGAGUACAUUCUGUCAAACAAAACACAGCGCCCAAGUCUCUGCUUGAAGCAACCAAUCUUCGCCCAGGACGUCUAAAUCUGACCUUCAGAAAGUAUUGAAAAUCUUAGAUGUACUUCAAGUUGUUUCGAGUGAUUGUAAAUGCAUGCUUAUGGAUUUUCUCCCCACUUUUGCUGCAAAGCAUGUAAUACUCAUGGAUAGUGACUGAAGAUGCAAUGCACUUUUUGUCUAGUAUAUACAAGAGUAGCAUGAUAUAUUAAUGACAUGAAGUUAAGUGACUGAUGUUAGCUGCUGUAUACUAUGUGAUUUAAUGGAGGUUAUUAUUUCCUUGAUCGCA